GGGCAGGAGGCGGAAGCGGCGCGCGGCGGCGGCGGGGGCGCGCUCGGCGCCCAUGGGGCUCCUUAAAGGCGCCGCCGCCCCCCCCCAUCCGCGUGCCCGGGGACGGCAGCGCCGCGCGGGGCCGGCAUGAGCAGGAGGGCAGCGCCAUGGCCGAGAAGACGUCGCCGGGCCCCGGCGGGGGCAUCACGCCCCUGCAGCAGAUGCUGGCCUCCGGGACGGGCGCCAUCCUCACCUCGCUCUUCGUGACGCCGCUGGACGUGGUGAAGAUCCGGCUGCAGGCCCAGAGGACCCCCUUCUCCAAAGCAUGGUCGGUGCGCUCGGCGCCCUGGGGCUCUCGGCAGGCCACAUGGAAGUGCUUCCUCUACUGCAACGGGCUCAUGGACCACCUCUACGUCUGCCAGAACGGCCCCGGCUGCACCGCCUGGUACAAGGCCCCCACCCGCUUCACCGGCACCCUGGAUGCCUUCGUGAAGAUCACGCGCUACGAGGGCAUCAGGUCCCUGUGGAGCGGCCUCCCCCCGACGCUGGUGAUGGCGGUGCCGGCCACCGUCAUUUAUUUCACCGCCUACGACCAGCUCCGGGACUACCUGCACGCUCGCACCGGGAGCGGCGGCUACCACAUCCCCUUGCUGGCAGGGGCCCUCGCCCGCCUGGGUGCUGUGACGGUGAUCAGCCCCCUGGAGCUGAUCCGCACCAAGAUGCAGUCGCGGCAGCUCAGCUACCGGGAGCUGCGCGUCUGCAUCCAGUCGGCGGUGGCUCAGGACGGCUGGCUGUCCCUCUGGAGGGGCUGGGGACCCACUGUGCUGCGGGACGUCCCCUUCUCUGGUAGGGCUGCGGGGCCGGCGGGGGGCAGGGGGUGGCGGGGGGGGGCCGCUGGGCGGCACGGCGGCUUCACCUCUCCCUCAGCUCUCUACUGGUUCAACUACGAGCUGGUGCGCAAGUGGCUCUGCACCCGAGCCCGGCUGGAUGAGGCCACCUUCAUGAUCAGCUUCGCCUCCGGGGCCAUCUCCGGCACGUUGGCCGCCGUGCUGACGCUGCCCUUCGACGUGGUGAAGACCCAGCGGCAGAUCGAGCUGGGAGACAGCGAGCUGCACCCGGUCGCAGCCUCCAAGCCGUCAUCCACCUGGAUGCUCAUGCGCCGCAUCCGUGCUGAGUCGGGCACCCGGGGGCUGUUUGCAGGGUUCCUGCCCCGUGUCAUUAAGGUGGCACCCGCCUGCGCCAUCAUGAUCAGCACCUACGAGUUCGGCAAAACCUUCUUCCAGAAGCUGAACCAGGAGCGGCGGCUGCGGGGGUUGUAAAGGGGGGGGCACGGAUGGGGACCGUGGCCCAUGGGACAGGGACACCCCCGCGUGCUGAGCCCAAGUGCCUUCCCGUGUGCUCCACUCCCCAACAGCCCCGUGGUGUGGACACGGUCCUGGGGGCCACCCUGGCCCUGCCGUGCUGGGGGCACGGUGCCUGCUGUGACACUGGGGACGUAUCCCCCCCCCAGGCCGUCCCUUGAGGCUGGACAGAUGCUGCUGCUGGAUUGACUCACGGACUUUGGCGAGGUCGGGUGCCCCCAGCCUCCUGCCGUGCUCGGGGGCAGGAGCUGGGGCUCCAUCGUGGACCAAACCCCGGGGGCUGCCCCCCAUGCCUGCCCCCAGCCCGGCUUCGGCCCCGAGCCCGGCCCUUCACCACCAGUUACGCACAGCCUCCCCUUCUGCCCCUGCGUGGUGUGGGGACACCUUGCAGCCCCCCCCGGCCUGCUCAGGACCUCCCCGGCCCCUGGCACAGCCCGGGCUCGGACCCUGCAUGGGGACAAACCUCGCUGCUGCUCUGGGGGGGCCGGGCUCUGUCCUGUGCCCCUGUCCCUUCACCCUGAGGACCUGCCCUGCGCCGUGCCCGGUGCGGGUGCUGCCCGAUCCCCUCCCAGUCCCCAGCUUGCCCUGGGUGCCUGGGCGGAGUUUCUCUUAUUUUCUUAAAUAAAAUGAAAUGGAAUUUGUGUCUUA